UCUCGGCAUCUAUUGUCAGAUUCGACUCUCUAGUCUUGAUUAUAAAUCCAACGGUCCACAUUAACUCACACCUUGACAUAAAUAAUCAUUCACCCUCCUCGUGUCAUUCAACACCCUCACAACCUCAAAAACCACAGAGGAAAAGGGAAAACAUAUUUUCGUUUUCUUUUUAGCUUCUGAGUUUUCAUUUUCUUCAAUCAUGGAUGUUUUAGAUUCUCCAAUUGAUGCUUUGGUUUUUGAUUAUGUGAAUCUUGGGAUUCUUACUAUCAUUAACAAUUUAUGGACGUGGCUUGCCGUUAUAACAGCUGCCGUUAGCUUUUGGAGGAUCAGAGCCGCCGGAGCCGUCAAAACGCUGGCGGAACCAUCACCUUCACCGGAUUACAUUGAACGCAAAAUCACUGAGUCAUCUCAUCCCGAAACAAGAACAACAACAACGCCUAAGUCAGUUACAGAACCAGCAGCUCCCGGUUCAGUGAGUUCGAGUCCAUCAGUGUUUGAAGACAAUGGAGCGAAAAAAGGGAAGUUUGUGGUGUAUUAUUAUCAAGAUGAUGACAGGCAAAAUGAAGGUAACAUUGACAACGGCGACGACGACGGCGAGGAGGAGUUAACGGUUCUUGGAGAGUGGGGUAGGUGCGGGGGAGAGAUAACAUUGUGGGAGAGAAUGUUGAGGGUGAGAAUGGGGGAAUAUGGAUGGUACAGAUGUCAGGAUUUGACGGUCAUUAACGGCAACGUUGUUAGGUUAUGGGAUGGUGUUAGAAGGGAAAAGAACAGCUCGGGCAGUAGUGUUGCUUGGUAGGUGGUCAGAGAAUAUUUAGAUGUUUGAUUAAGUUGUUUUAAUAAAUGUAAAUACAUCAAUUGGUGGUUGGAACAACCAUUGAAUCCUGGUA